GCCCCCUUUUCCCAGCCCUAGUGUGAGCAGGAUUGACAGCAGGACGCUGCAGCAGCGCGACAGACAAGAGAGAGAGAAAGAGCGGAUAAGAGAAUAGAAAAGAGGGCUUGGGAGGGACAAGUUAGUUGACCAGUGUUUAAAUAAAAAAAAUUAAAAAAAAUCAGUGCUGAAAGAUGGCAGACAGGGAGCAGCUCAUCCAGAGGGCUCGGCUGGCCGAACAGGCGGAGCGCUACGAUGACAUGGCCGCCGCCAUGAAGCUGGUGACGGAGUUGAAUGAGCCGCUGUCCAACGAGGACCGCAACCUGCUGUCGGUGGCCUAUAAGAACGUGGUCGGUGCUCGGCGCUCGUCGUGGCGCGUCACCUCCAGCAUCGAGCAGAAGACGGCGGCGCAGGACGGCGGCGAGAAGAAGCUGGAGCUGGUGCGCGCCUACCGCGAGACCAUCGAGAAGGAGCUGGAGGGCGUGUGCCAGGACGUUCUGUCGCUGCUCGACAGCUACCUCAUCAAGAGCUGCGACGACAGCCAACUGGAGAGCAAAGUCUUCUACCUGAAGAUGAAGGGUGACUAUCAGCGCUACCUGGCCGAGGUGGGCACUGGAGACAAGCGCGGCACCGCCGUCGCCGCCUCCGAAGCCGCCUACAAAGAGGCGUUCGACAUCGCCAAGAACAUGGCUCCAACGCACCCCAUCCGCCUCGGCCUGGCACUCAACUUCUCCGUCUUCUACUACGAGAUCCAGAACGCGCCUGAGCAGGCGUGCCAGCUGGCCAAGGAGGCGUUUGACGAGGCCAUCGGACACCUGGACAAUCUGAAUGAGGACUCGUACAAGGACUCCACGCUCAUCAUGCAGCUGCUCAGGGACAACCUGACCCUGUGGACCAGCGACCAGCAGGACAGUGAAGGAGGGGAGGCUAACAACUGAGCCGUCCCUCUCUCUCUCUUUCUCUCUUAGCGCUCUAGCUGGCUGUAGUCUACGUCAGAUUUCCUCUUAAUAAAUGUCUUCACCUGUCGUUUCUCUUCAA